CUCAGGCCCCGCCCCGCCCGGCGCGCGCGGCCCCGCGGCUUCGGCGCGCUCCCGGCCCGCGCGCCAUCUUGCCUCCAGGCCGAGCUCGAGGCGUGCCGGGCCGCGCGGUGAGAGCCGGAGCCGGGGCGGGCAUCGAGAGGACCUUCGCCCGGCCGUAAGCAGGAUGGAGCACUACCGGAAAGCUGGCUCUGUGGAACUCCCGGCACCUUCCCCGAUGCCCCAGCUACCUCCUGAUACCCUGGAGAUGCGGGUCCGAGAUGGCAGCAAAAUCCGAAACUUGCUGGGGCUGGCACUGGGUCGGUUGGAGGGCGGCAGCGCCCGGCAUGUGGUGUUCUCAGGUUCUGGCCGGGCUGCCGGGAAGGCUGUCAGCUGUGCUGAGAUUGUCAAGCGGCGGGUACCAGGCCUGCACCAGCUUACCAAGCUACGCUUCCUGCAGACUGAGGACAGCUGGGUGCCAACCUCACCCGACACAGGUCUAGAUCCUCUCACGGUGCGCCGUCAUGUGCCUGCGGUGUGGGUACUGCUCAGCAGGGACCCCCUGGACCCCAAUGAGUGUGGCUACCAGCCCCCCGGGGCACCCCCUGGCCUGGGCUCCACACCUGGCUCCAGCUGUGGCCCCCGACCCCGAAGAAAGGCUCGAGACACCCGCUCCUGAGGACCUGCUGAACAAGCUCUUCUCCAGGCCUGAAGGUCUAGGAUGGCUGUGCCUUCUCUCAGAAGCCCCUGUAACUGCUCGUCAUCUCCAUCAAGACUUGAAUGCACAGAAAUGGGCCUCUCUGUCCUCUUUCCCCUUCCCUCUGGCGUGUGGAAAGAGACUGCUAUGAAGAGUGACAGGUGUGGGGUCUCUGGUGGGUCUGGAUUGCUUAAGAAGGGCUCAUUCUGCCUUCUACCUACGGUGCCUCUGAUCUGCCUUCUGACAGAGGUCCAGGGAGUGGGUUAUGAAAUAAAGGUUCUGCCCAUUUGUCUGAUGA